AGCUUCCAGAUCAGCUCGCUGGCGUUGUUUUUCCUGAAGGGAGGGAAGCUGCCGUACGUGGCUUUCAACGAGGGAGCUCCGAACUACUACCUAGCAAACGAGUCGAUUCAAGCGGCGAUUUUGGGUGUGGGCACCGACCGGACGCCACCCGCGUACAUCUGUGGCGAGAUUAUCUUCAUCGAUACUUUUCAGGCGACCGAGGAUUUCAACCCGUAUCGCCUACCUUACGGAACACGAUUCCAUGUUGUGACGGUCGCAAAUCCAAAGAGGACGUAG